UGUUCCGUUUUCUGAUUUUGAGUUGUGAUGGAGGAGGCAGAGAGAGGGAGGAGAAUUUGCUUGGGGUGUGAGCGGCCGGCGAGCGUGUGCCUAUGCGACUUUAUCCCGGGUGAAUCACUCUCCACCAGCACGCAGAUCGUAAUCCUGCAGCACCCACACGAACAACGCCACCCGCUUGCUACAGUGCCCCUCCUCAAUAAAUGCCUCACAAACUGCCAAACCCUAAUUGGCCGUCGCUUGCGUCACGGUCAUUCGCCUCUUCUUGACUCUCUCCAUGACAACCAUCCCAACCCUACCCAUGCGGCCUUUCUCUUUCCUGGUACAGAGCAGACUCCUUCAGUGGACAUCAAUGAGUGGAAGUCUUGGUUUGCGGAGGGUGAUGUGAACAAAUUUGUUCUAAUCGUUUUUGACGGGACAUGGAAGCAUGCAAAGGAAAUGGUAGCCGCUAGCCUUCCAUUCGUGUCAAAGUUUGCCACUCGGGUAAGUUUGACCUAUGACAUUCAUGUUGACGGUGAAACAAAAUUCAGCUCGGAUUUAACACUUAGGAAGGAACCUUUUGGUGGGUGUAUGAGUACAAUGGAGGCCGUUGCACGCUGUUUACGGGUUCUUGAACCCAAUGGGGUAGAGAUCGAGUCUCGGUUGGUUCAAGUUGUAAGAAUGAUGGUCAGAAUGCAGGCUUCCUUCUUGAAACCGACAAACCGAAGACCCAAGUUGUUGAAAAGGAGUAAAGAUGAUGAGAAAAAGAUUAAUUCCAAGUCUUUUUGUACUUGAUUUUUGGUUUUGACUGUAUAAAUGGAUUCAAUUCAUCAAGUUGUCUGUUAUAUGGACUAUGCAUUGCAUGAUGGUGGCUGUU